AAAGCUGGAUGCGCCGGUGGGUGGAGUCGAAGCACAAACCUGAUUAUGGGAAGUUUGUCCUCACGGCCGGGAAGUUCUACGGAGACGCUGAGAAGGACAAAGGGAUCCAGACGAGCCAGGAUGCCCGGUUCUACGCCCUCUCCUCCCGCUUUGAGCCCUUCAGCAACCGGGACAAGACGCUGGUGGUUCAGUUCACAGUGAAGCACGAGCAGAACAUCGACUGUGGGGGGGGCUAUGUCAAGCUCUUCCCAUCCAGCCUCAACCAGGAGGACAUGCAUGGAGACUCUGAGUACAACAUCAUGUUCGGCCCUGAUAUCUGCGGCCCCGGCACCAAGAAGGUUCAUGUCAUUUUCAACUACAAAGGGAAGAACGUCCUGAUCAACAAGGACAUUCGCUGCAAGGACGAUGAGUUCACCCACCUGUACACGCUGGUGGUUCGUCCUGACAACACGUAUGAGGUGAAGAUCGACAACGCGCGGGUGGAGUCGGGGAGCCUGGAGGAGGACUGGGACCUGCUGCCCCCCCGCAAGAUCAAGGACCCCGACGCCCGCAAACCUGACGACUGGGACGAGCGGGCCAAGAUCGAUGACCCCGAGGACACCAAGCCCGAGGACUGGGACAAGCCCGAGCACAUCCCGGAUCCUGAUGCCAAGAAGCCAGAGGAUUGGGAUGAGGAGAUGGAUGGGGAGUGGGAGCCCCCAGUCAUCCAGAACCCUGAGUACAAGGGCGAGUGGCGGCCCCGGCAGAUCGACAACCCUGACUACAAGGGGAAGUGGGUGCACCCCGAGAUCGACAACCCCGAGUACAGCCCUGACCCCCACCUCUACGCCUACGACAGCUUCGGGGUCACUGGCCUCGACCUCUGGCAGGGGCAAAGCUGGAUGCGCCGGUGGGUGGAGUCGAAGCACAAACCUGAUUAUGGGAAGUUUGUCCUCACGGCCGGGAAGUUCUACGGAGACGCUGAGAAGGACAAAGGGAUCCAGACGAGCCAGGAUGCCCGGUUCUACGCCCUCUCCUCCCGCUUUGAGCCCUUCAGCAACCGGGACAAGACGCUGGUGGUUCAGUUCACAGUGAAGCACGAGCAGAACAUCGACUGUGGGGGGGGCUAUGUCAAGCUCUUCCCAUCCAGCCUCAACCAGGAGGACAUGCAUGGAGACUCUGAGUACAACAUCAUGUUCGGCCCUGAUAUCUGCGGCCCCGGCACCAAGAAGGUUCAUGUCAUUUUCAACUACAAAGGGAAGAACGUCCUGAUCAACAAGGACAUUCGCUGCAAGGACGAUGAGUUCACCCACCUGUACACGCUGGUGGUUCGUCCUGACAACACGUAUGAGGUGAAGAUCGACAACGCGCGGGUGGAGUCGGGGAGCCUGGAGGAGGACUGGGACCUGCUGCCCCCCCGCAAGAUCAAGGACCCCGACGCCCGCAAACCUGACGACUGGGACGAGCGGGCCAAGAUCGAUGACCCCGAGGACACCAAGCCCGAGGACUGGGACAAGCCCGAGCACAUCCCGGAUCCUGAUGCCAAGAAGCCAGAGGAUUGGGGUGAGGAGAUGGGCGGGGGGUCCCGGACCCCGGAGUACAAGGGCGAGUGGCGGCCCCGGCAGAUCGACAACCCUGACUACAAGGGGAAGUGGGUGCACCCCGAGAUCGACAACCCCGAGUACAGCCCUGACCCCCACCUCUACGCCUACGACAGCUUCGGGGUCAUUGGCCUCGACCUCUGGCAGGUCAAGUCUGGCACCAUCUUUGACAACUUCCUGAUCACGGAUGAUGAGAAGCUGGCAGAGGAAGUUGGGAACGAGACCUGGGGGGCCACCAAGGAGGCAGAGAGGAAGAUGAAGGAGCAGCAGGACGAGGAGCAGCGGAAGAAGCAGGAGGAAGAGGAGAAGCAGCAGAAGGAGGAGGAGGGGGACGAGGAGGGGGAUGAGGAGGAGGAUGAGGAUGAGGAG